UGCUCGCGACAACUAUUGCUGCAGCGUCCCGACAACCGUCGCCGUGACUCGCGUUUUUACACAAUAACAGUAAUUAUUAUAAUUUUUUAGUCUUGUUAAAAAAAUACACACACACGAUUAACUGCAAUAAUAUGGCUGCAACGACAAGUUUGACGGUUGCCGUCUUCCUGUACUGCAUCACGGUCGUCGCCGGGAUCACGACGGGAUUAACGAUUGAUACAAGCAAGCCAACUUUUACUGUUGAUUACGAACGUAACGAGUUCUUAAAAGACGGUCAAGUUUUUCGAUAUGUCUCAGGUUCCCUACAUUAUUUUAGAGUUCCUAAACCUUAUUGGAAAGACAGGAUUCAGAAGAUGAAAGCAGCUGGUUUAAAUGCCAUAUCAACUUAUGUAGAAUGGAGUUUACAUGAACCAUAUCCAGGUAUUUACAACUUUGAUGAUAUAGCUGAUUUGGAGUAUUUCUUGCAGUUAGUUAAAGACGAAGGCAUGUAUUUGUUGCUGAGACCAGGACCAUAUAUUUGCGCCGAAAGAGAUUUUGGUGGAUUUCCAUUUUGGUUGUUGAACGUGGUGCCUAAAAAACGUUUGAGAACUGAUGACCUAAGUUAUAAAUAUUACGUUACCAAAUGGUUUAGUGUGCUUAUGCCUAAAAUUGAUCGCUUUUUGUAUGGAAAUGGUGGAAAUAUAAUUAUGGUUCAGGUGGAGAAUGAAUACGGUAGCUACAAUGCCUGCGACCAAAAGUAUAUGUUGUGGUUACGAGAUUUGUUUAAAAGUUACGUUGGAUAUAAAGCUUUACUGUACACAACCGAUGGAUGUGGAUAUUCUUAUUUUACAUGUGGUGCUAUACCUGAUGUCUACGCAACUGUGGAUUUCGGAGCAUCGAUUAAAGAUGUUUCCCAAUGUUUUAAAUAUAUGAGAKCAACACAAAAGAGAGGGCCACUAGUCAACUCCGAGUAUUAUGUUGGUUGGUUAUCGCAUUGGCGUGAACCAUCUCCUGUCGUCAGCAGUUAUGAAGUUGUGGAAACCAUGAGAAUCAUGCUAGCUUUGAAUGCAUCGAUCAAUUUCUACAUGUUCCAUGGAGGCACAAAUUUUGGGUUUACUUCUGGUGCCAACAAAUUCGAAAGUUUCAAAAAUCAUGAUUAUUUGCCUCAAUUAACCUCAUAUGAUUAUAAUGCUCCGUUAGACGAAGCAGGAGAUCCAACCGAAAAGUAUUUUAAGAUUAAGAAAUUACUCGAAGAAACUAAUUUUUCAGUGUCAAAUGAAAUAUCUCCCGUUCCAACACCUAAAGGUAAUUAUGGAACAUUUACAAUGCAACCAUUGGUUAGUCUUUUUGAGAAGUCCACGCAACGGAUUAAACCGGUUGAAAACGAUGUUCCUCUUGGGUUCGAAAUCAUGGGUAUAAACUCCGGAUUUGUAAUGUACGAAACUAUUUUGACAGACGAUCAAAAAAACGUCACAGCUCCUGUAAACCUUACUAUUAGCACAAUCAGAGAUCAAGCUACCAUAUUUUUGGACCAGGUGCAAAUAAGUGUUAUACCUCGUAAAUAUGAAAAUACACCUAUUAGUCUAAAUAUAAAUAGUACCGUUCAAAAACUAAGUAUUCUAAUAGAAAAUCAAGGCAGAAUCAAUUAUGGAAACUUUAUAGACGACAGAAAGGGUAUUUUUGAACCGGUAUUAUUGGAUAACCACGUAUUGGGACCGUGGAAGAUGAUAGCAUACCCUUUGAAUGAAACGUCUUGGUUUUCGACGAUUGAACCACAAAAAGACUCUGUAUUACCAGCAUUUUAUAAAACACAAUUUACGUUACCUGAUGGGUUAACAAAUCCUUUGGAUACUUAUUUAGACGUUACUGGUUGGAAAAAGGGCGUUGCUUUUGUGAAUGGAAUAAAUAUAGGGAGAUAUUGGCCAUCAGCUGGACCACAAAUAACUCUUUAUAUUCCAGCUACAUUUUUAAUUCCACAACCUGGAUUAAACACCAUCGUUAUGUUGGAACUUGAAGGAGUUCCCGAGAGUUUAUCAAUAUCGUUAAUUGAUAGACCUAUUCUUUUUGGUCCUAUAAAUAUCUUGUAAACUAAACAUUGACAAUCCUGGUUACACUUGAUAUAUUAUAUUUUGUUAAUUAAAUUUUGGUUAGUGUAAUAAAAAUUAGUAGGUACGUAGUUUAAUUUAUUUUCAUAUCAUUAUUGGUAAUAAUUAGCAUCUACUAUACAGUUAUUAUGGGAAUAAAUAUAUAUGCAUAUAUACAGAUACUACUUGUCGUUGCCACCUGUGUAAAACAUCUAAUCGUUAAAGUUAUAUUUUCUGUUAACUUAAUUACUAAUUUAGAAAUUGUCAGCAAAAUAAAAUUUUGAUUCUUCUCUAUAUAACAGCUAGUUUUAUAUGUUUGUAGGAUAUACUAUUACUUAUGUCUUAUAUAGUUAUAUAAUAUUAUCUAAGUUGAUACAUUAAAAUAAGGUAUACC